AUGUCUACCGAAGUCAAGAUCGUUCCCGUCGGCCAUGAAGCCAUUGACACUGGCAAUGGACAUGACGCCCUCAAGCCAGCAGUCAACAGUGGGGACAUUCAGUCUCGCGGUGUCAGUCGCAUGGAAGCUGUGUACCGGGAGACCAGAUCAAACCGGCGGCUAUUCUGGCUCGUAGGAGCUUCUGUCCUUGUUUGUGCCUGGGCUUACUCGCUCGACUCAUCAACGACGUCCUACUACAGCGUCGACGCCUCGUUCUACUUCAAGCAGCACAGUUCUGUCUUGGCAACUCUGUCAAUCGCUACCAACAUCAUAAGUGCCGUUUCGAAGCCUUUCAUUGCAAAGAUUUCCGACAUCACCUCUCGACCAUACACAUACCUCCUGAUCCUCGGAUUCUACGUCAUUGGCUACAUCAUCACUGCUACAUCCAAAUCAAUAUCAGCUUUUGUCGUUGGCGAAGUCUUCGUUGCAAUUGGUGGUUCCGGUAUUGAUCUCACCAACGACAUCAUUGUUGCUGACUUGACACCGCUUGAGUGGCGAGGAUUUGCCAGCUCUAUGCUUUCAACGCCCUUCCUUAUCAACACCUGGUUCUCCGGCAAGAUCGUCGACGCACUAGAGAAGCAAGAUAAGUGGCGCUGGGGAUACGGCAUGUUUGCCAUCAUAAUGCCCAUUGCAUUGGGUCCCGCUGUUGCGGCACUGAUAUGGCUCGAUCGAAUGGCCAAGAAGAAGGCGGCCAACAUUGAUCAAUCGUGGACCCAGUCAUUGAGGAAACAUCUUGAAGAGAUUGAUGCGUUUGGGCUCGUUCUUCUUGGCUUUGGAUGGUCGUUACUUCUACUGCCGUUUUCGCUCAAGACUUAUGCGGACCAUGGAUGGCGCAACCAGUCUCUCAUCGCCAUGAUGGUGAUCGGCGGUCUAUUGCUGAUGGCCUAUGUCUUCUACGAGAUGAAAGUUGCCCGUGUCCCCAGCGCUCCUCGACGACUUGUGUUUAACAGAACAUUCAUAAUGGCCAUUAUCAUUGAUUCUUUCUAUAUGCUUGCUGGAAACAUCCGCAGCCUCUAUUGGAGCUCAUAUGUCUACGUCGCGAAACCAUGGAGCUACCAGGACUGGGUCUACUACGGUAAUACUCUCACGCUGGCACUGUGUAUUGCUGGUCCUCUUGUCGGAUUGGCCCAGCGCUGGACUCAUCGCUAUAAGCUCAUUCAGAUAAUUGGUCUUUGCAUCAAGCUCAUCGGCAUGGGAAUCAUGUUGAAUGGGCGUCUUGCUGCCAUCAGCACCAUCGCGCUUGUUAUGUCGAGCAUUCUCGUGGGUAUUGGCGGCUCGAUGUCUGUUGUAGGAUCGCGUGUAGCCUCACAAGCCUCCGUCCCUCACCAAGACGUCGCCCUUGCGGUAUCACUACUCUCCCUAUGGUCAAAGGUUGGUAGCGCGAUUGGUUCUGCUAUUGUCGCCGUCAUUUGGUCGAACCAGAUGCCAAACCAGCUACGGAAGUACCUGCCCGAGGGAACCUCGGAUGCCACUAUUCAGAAGCUUUUUGGCGAUAUGCGGUCCAUUCGUACUGCUUAUGACUUUGAUCAUCCCAUUCGCCAAGGUGCUAUUACGGCGUAUCGCCAUGCUCUCUACUACUGCAUCAGCGUGGCCCUGGCACUAGCCUUUGUCCCGCUUGUGGCGGCUUUCUUCCAGACGGAUUACUUCCUCGGCAAGCAACAGAAUGCAGUGACCAAUUUGGGUAAUGAUGGCUCGCCUCUCGACGAAAAAGAUUGUAACCCAGAGCCUCUGCCAAGGCCCAGAACCAAGAAGGAAGCGUUCCUUCGAUUCUGGGCUGGUAGCCCCUAA